CGAGAAACCGUAAAACUCCACAAAGAUGCCAUUGCGCGGCGUCAUCGUAAAUGGGCACUCAAUGUCCGACUCGUCUGUCGGUUGUUGAACAGCGUCUUGGAGCCACUUCUAUUUGAUAACUUUACUAUCAGCUUACAGGCAUUACUGUCUGGUUCAUCGAGCAUACGGGAGAUGCUUGAAAGUAUCGCAUCGGGUACAUCGCCGAUAGCGCGGUUCACGGAGAAUUUGUUGUUCGGCUCGAUCUAUGACAGAACCAUGGUCAAUGACUGGGGCUCUGCAGAAGAUGACGAUGACGACGAUUAUGAUGUGAGAGUCGGGCUUUACGACGACCUGGAUAUCGAGGAGGAAGAGGGGGACGAGGUGGACGAGGAGGACGAGGAGGAUGAGGAGGAAGCCUCUUCGGAAGUGGAGGAUGCAUCAGGGGAGCUGGCCAUUUUGUCUCUGCAACCAGAGAAUGCUGAAGGUGGCGCCGCAUACCUCGAAAUAGAUGAUCUCUUUCAGAGUGGCUCCGAGGCAGAGGAUGAUGGAAUCGGGAUGGACAUGGAGGAACUUGAGAAUGCUGCUUUGAAGGUGGAAGGCAUUUUGCAACGAGCCCUUCUUCGCUUUGAAUCACUGAAGUCUUUUAAAUGGAAUGUUGAGCCUCCCUCAUUUACCACUCAGCUCUUCGCUGUGAUUAUGGACUCUUUGGCCACCCAUACGACGCUUGACACAAUUGCCUUCGGCUUUUGCCCCGCGUACAUGGUCCUUCCAACAAUGCCGGUGUUUUCAAUUGUUCGGGACGUUUCCAUCAACAUCUACAGCGAUGGCAAGUUCGGCUUCAGCUUGAAUCACUUUGGCGUAGAUCCUGCACGCCACCUCUACCAAGUCGCGGAGUUCAUACCCAAGUUUCCGAACGUAGAGAAACUGAGUAUCCAUACCUUCGAUGGCAGAGCACUUGACCCCGACACCGAGGAUCCUACGCUCAAGACUCUUCUAGCCCAUUGCUCUCGAGAGCUCCCACUGGGACUAAAAUCUUUGAGCCUCCACAACAUUCCUUUCACUAUAGAUACUGCCACAGCACCUCAUUUACAAUCUCUCGAUACCCUUCGCAUCAAAUUCUCCACACACCAGGACCCUGCGAUGAUUUCAGCCGAAGGAUCCUUCCCCGCCAUCGAUUUCAAGGGCACAACUGCCCUGCGUACUCUUAUCGUCGACUCGCCUUUCGACUCUCAUGCUUUCGGUAUCAUUCCGAGAGCAGGCCUGCGCCAUCUCUCAAUUCAAGGGAUGCAGGAGCUGGCACCGUCCGAGAAUAUUCUUUGGUCAAGACCGGCUUCCGACGCCAUCAUCGCGGGAAAUGCCAGCACAUUGGAAAGCUUAACUAUCAUACCGGAGCUAUACUCUGGGAGCCCUUGGGAGUGUGACGACGAGAUGAUGGCUCUUAUUUCGGAAUGUGUACAUCUUCGCCAUCUGGCAGUCACGAUAGGGGCAGAGGAUCAAAUUGUGAGCCGACUUCUACAGAGCACGGCGUCAUUCACCCGUCAAUUACACACUCUAGCUCUUCAUUAUCACCCUCCCGGCAUCUCUGGUACUCCAAGGGCAGAGGCCUCCGCCGUCCAUCGCCUUGUUCAGCAACUCGAGACAUUCAUCGUUAGUACAGAUUCCGACGACGUCCAGUCUCUCCGAUACCCCGCUCAUGUUUGCAUCGAACAUCGAUAUUGCUCAUAUCGCCUCGAGGAGCUGGGGAAGGGGGAGUAUCGAUAUGUUAAAAUGUGUACGGAAGAUAUCGAGGAGUUAGAGUCGACGCUCCCGAUGGGAAGAGACGGAGGACUUUGGCCAUUAGGUUCCUAA